GGACACCAACCAUUCUGGAUAGUUCUACACUCGCACUGCAAGCACCACACACGCUCAAAUGAAGACUCACAGAGCGCAUCAUCUCCCAAGCCUGUGCAAAUACCCGACCAAGAGAUUGUAAACCAGGCGUCAUACAUUACAUGUGCAGGUCACAUCUGCAGACCUAACCCAAGAUAAACACAAUGGCAUCACAUGACCAACAUGGAGCAAGAAGUCAGGACUCUCAGGAGGCUGAUGAACUUCAAAGACAGAAAAGAGAAAAGAAAUACACCUGUGAGGAGUGUGGGAAGGAUUUUAGCCGUUCUGGCAACUUAAAAACACACCAAUUCGUCCACAGUGGACUUAAACCGUACAUCUGUGAUCGUUGUGGUAAAGCUUUUAAUCACAGAAGCCACUUACGACGUCAUCAAGUUAUUCACUCUGGAAUGAAAGCGUACAGCUGUGAGUUGUGUGGUAAAGCUUUUGCUGACAAUGGAAGUUUACAGAGUCAUCUAUUUACCCACUCUGGAGUUAAACCAUACAGCUGUGAUCAGUGUGGUAAAGCUUUUGCUCAUAGUAGAAGCUUAAAGAGUCAUCUAGUUACCCACUCUGGAAUUAAGGCAUACAGUUGUGAUCAGUGUGGUAAAGCUUUUGCUUGCAGUAAGUACUUACAAAGGCAUCUAGUUACCCACUCUGGAAUUAAGGCGUACAGCUGCGACAUUUGUGGAAAAACCUUCCGAUGGCCACUCAGCCGUAAUAUUCACCGACGCAUUCACACCAAAAAGGAUUUUUGCUUCUGUGAUCAGUGUGGCAAAACCUUUGUGGCAUACAAAUAUUUACAGCAGCACAUGUUUAGCCACACUGAGGAGAGACCUCAUAAAUGUGACCUGUGUGAGAAGACCUUUAAAGAGCCACGUUCCCUGAGACAACAUCAACACAUUCACACCAGAAAGAAACUCUACAAGUGCACUUACUGUGAGAAGCAGAGCGACACAGAUGGAUCCAGUUCUCAACCCUGUCGUCGCUGUGGUGGUGGGAAAGCGUUUCAUUGUGACCUUUGUGGAAAAACUUUCAAUCAUCCAGAUAGCCUAAAACUACAUCAACGUAGACACACUGGAGACAACAUGAAUUACUGCAAAGAGUGUGGGAGAGGCUUCCCCACAUCAAGUGAAUUAAAAAAACAUUAUCUUUAUCACAGUGGCGUUAAAAAGCACGUCUGUGACCAGUGUGGUUCAUCUUUCUUCACUGCAAAUCAGCUUAAAGACCAUAAAAGAGUCCACACAGGAGAGAAACCAUAUAAGUGCAGACACUGUGACAAAAGCUUCUCAAGUUCAGGCCAUCGUAAUGUUCAUGAAGAUGCACACAUUGAAGGGAACUUCAGCUGUGACCAGUGUGACAAGAGCUUCAAGAAUCUCAGUUCAUACUCCGCACACAAACGAUCCCACGCUGUAAAUAAACUGUUUCACUGUUACAAAUGUGCCAAAACGUUCACUUCAUUAUCUGCUCUGUGCAAACAUCAGCGUGAUCAUGCAUGACUGAAAUCACUGGAUCACAAUGAAUCUGACGAGACAGAAAGAUCCUCUUCUGGUUUCAGGGUCAGACUUAAAAACCUUGAGAUCAGGCUCCACAGAGUUCAGCUGGAGUCUCCUGUAAAAAAGUGUGUCAGCUGAUGUCACACUUGGAUCUGAUGAGGUAGCUCUGAUUUCUGGACCUGCAGUGAAUAAUCCUGGAUGUUAAACUAAGGAAGUUGCAAGUAUAGAUGUGCACAUCAAGUGUUUUCUUUUUUCUUUGAGAGAUUUUCAUUCUGUAAAAGAAACUUUAAUGUUGAAAAUGUUUGUCCUAUAGAAAAUAAGAGAGGAGAGUUGUUGAUUCUUGUUUAACUCUUAUCUGAAUAGCACUUACCUGAGUGCCUUGCCACCUGUUAGCCUACUUCCUAGGCCUUAUUCCUUGAAGAAAAGACUUCUCUGAAGAAGCACUUAUACCUGAGUUAAGUCAUUGUUUAAUCACUCACCUUCACACGUUCUUUAUUGUCAGAUGUCUGCAUAUUGCUGAUUAAACCUACUAAACAUUUUAAACAUCUUAAAUUUAGAAGUUGGAAUUAUGGAUAUAUAGAUCAACUUAAUUUUUCUUUGAUAAAUGUUGAUGCUCUUUUUUUAAAACCCACCUUGUUUUAUUGUAAUUUUAUGUGUUAUCUUUUUAAACUUUAAUCUUAAAUCCCUUUCUCCCAAAACCGCAAAUAAUUUCACACUAGUUGCUCUUACAGCACCCAAUACAAACUUUAAUUGUCAACCAGCUUUGAAACAAAAGCUGCUUUGACUUAAUGUCCACAAAAAAGAAUCUCAAGCUAAACUGGCAAUGGGCUGUACUUCCAUGUAGUACCAGUUUGUACCAGGAGAUUGAGCAGUGAGUGUAAUCUUUAUUUAAUCAGGCAAAGAACACAUUCUUAUUCACAGUGGCAGCAAAGAAUUGUUAAGGUUAGCUGAUGUGCAGCACAUAUCAGGACCAUUGAAACGAUCACAAAGACUACUUUUACUUAAUUCAAAUUCUAUCAAACCUCUGCUUUUGGGUCCUCCUUUCACUUUAGUGUAUUUACUGUAUUCUUUAAAUCCACGUGUAGUUUAGUGAAUGCAUUUUGAGCUGCGUGUUUUGCAGCUGUUUUCUUGUUGGGUUUGUAUUGUGAAACAGUGAUACUGUUAAAGCAUUAGUUAUAUUUGAUUAACUCCGUGUAAAGUUUCUUUUAUAAAACAGUUUGAUGUGAAAAAUAAAGAUAUUGGUCUGACAA